AUCGUCUUCUUUUUCUCUCCUCUUCAAUUCUCACCAUGUCUGAUUCAUCGAAGAACCAGAAACCCUUUGGUGUUACCAACAUCAAAGUUUAUGUCCCAUUAAUCUUGGAUCUCAAUCAACUUAACUAUUAUGCCUGGAAGGAACUAUUUCAAACCCACUGUAGCAGUUUUGGUGUCAAGGGGCAUCUCACCGGAACCUCCAAACCCGCUGAUGACAAGGAUGAAGCAUGGACACAUCUUGAUGAUCUUGUCAAAAUGUGGAUUUAUGGCACCGUCACACAGAGUCUCCUCAACAUGAUCCUAAAGCCAAAUGCAACUGCUCAUACGGUCUGGUCAACUCUUGAAACUCUAUUCCGUGACAACCAACAAACCCGUGCCAUUGAACUUGAUCAGGAACUCCGCACUCUCACCCUUGGCGACCUCACAAUCUCUCAAUAUUGUGAACGGAUGAAGGUAAUUUCUGACCUACUCGCCAACAUUGGUUCACCCGUUCCUGAACACACCUUGGUCACAUACCUUAUCAAUGGUUUGUCACCCAAGUAUGACAACAUCGCCACAGUGUUGCGCCACCAAAAUCCGCCUCCCUCUCUACUCAAAUGUCGAUCCAUCUUAACCUUGGAAGAGCGCACCCUAAACCGCAACCGCCCUGUUCAACCUCUUCACAUGGACCAUGCUUCAUCACCCAAUGCCCUUCAUGUGGGAAACCCUCCAAACUCUCAAAUCCGGGCCUCCACCAACAACAGAGGUGGUAGAAGACAUUCACAAUCACGCCGCGGUGGCUCCAAUGUUUCAGACAACUGCCGCCCACCUGCUGUUGCACAACAAAACCCACCAGGGCUGCCUUGGAAUCCUCACUCGGUACCUUGGACUCCUUUCAUGUGGCCAUAUGUUACCUGGCAGCAGCCCUACCGACCGCCGACACAGCAGCAACAACCCCGUCAACAGCCGGGUGUGCUCGGUUCUGCACCGCAUCAGACCUCGGGUGCCACAAGUCCACAUCAGCAGCAUGCAGCGUUUUAUGCUGCCCUUCAUUCUCCUGGUCUUCUCCCCCCUACUCAGUGGUUUCCACCAUUGACCCCGGACCAGCCCACGGACAUCACUCAGGCCCUAAAUGCCAUGCAAAUCAAUGAUCAGUCGGACCCUAACUGGUAUAUGGACACAGGUGCUACCUCCCAUCUCACCUCAGACACAGGGACAAAAAUUCUCUUCACAGAUAAAAAGAUUGACCUCUAUAGCUCUAUGUCUAAAACUAAAUCAAAGAAGAGAUUUAAGAAAGAAUGUGUACCUGGGAAAACAAAGGGGCGAUCAAAUGCUUUAAUAGAUAGCAUAUCUGGUUCUUCAUUCCAACUAUCAGGAAGUUCCUCUGCAAAAAAAAAUGUAAAAAUUGAGUUUAUAAUGCAAGAGAGACUUUACCUCUGUGAUAUGUAUCCUUCCAUGUUGGGGGAGGUUCAUCAUAGAGGGAAGGAAGAAUGGGAGAAGGAGUUGUGGUCGGAGGUGCGUGGUGUGAGGGUCUACCCAACGGUGGAUGGCCUUGCUCGGUCCACCAACAGUGUCUCAAUCUCCGGUCGUCGAACAAGAACCAGGCGUACAGAGAAAGCUGACCAGAAGUUGGAGAGAAGAUGUGGAGAAGUUAUGGAAACAAGCGACGAAGAUGCGAAGCUGUGGGAGGAUCGUGCUGGAGAUGCGAAAUUGGAGAGCAGAUGUGGAGAAGUGAAGCAAUGGAGGUUUGAGAAUCGAGAGAGAAGAAAGAAAGAAAGGGGGUUUUCGACAGGGACGAGCUAG